GAAAAAAAGAAGAGAGCGAGAGAGAGGAAAAAAAAAAAAAAGAAAAGAAAGGAGAGAGAGCGAGACUUCCAUCUGAAAUUCUCAAAUCCGUACCUUUCCCCCGACAUCGAAAGCUUCGGAUUUGGGUUUUGCUACGAUUCCUUUGAUUGAAGGAAUAGCGCGUUUAUACUUUUUGAAGAUCGACUUAGGGUUUUCUGUGAUCGGGGCGUUUGAUCCUCCCUCUUAUUCACUUGUUGUUUACAGAAAUAUGCGCUUGCCUGUCAAUAUUUUAUUUUGACUCCCGGAAUUGGUCGGGUUGACAUCCGUGAUACUGAGAUGUGAAAGCAUUUUAUUUCGGGGUACCACAUUUAAGUUAACAAUGUCAUUACCGAGUCGCUUAAGUUGAGUAAAGUGUUGAAAUUAGCUUCAUCGUUUAAAUUGGAUUACUUCGGAGUUUGGGUGGUAACUGGCCGUUUGUCUCUGUCUGGAGCCAAAUUAGUUGUUUCAGUCAUUAGAUGAUUCUCUUCUCAUAUUCGAGAAUAAGAUAUGGACGAGGACAGUGAAAUUGGAUUGCUGUUCCCUAGUUGGAACAGCAAAAAUCCAACUGAUCGUCUUUUUAUUAUUUCUUGCUUUAUUGCUGCUAUCAUUGGAAUUUUGACAAUAGCCUUUACGGCCUUUCAGUGGCGGAGAAAUAUCAAUCUAGGUUGGAUGAAAGCUAUAGCCAGGUCGAAGAGAAACCCCAAAAAGACUAAUAAAGUUCCUGUAGCUGCUCACGACUGGAUUCUAGAAUCUGUAUCUCGUGGAAAGAAUUUGAAUUGUUGUGUGUGCUUAAGGUUUAUGUCCCCUUCACAAACUCUCGGUCCUAUGGUCGCUUCAGACAGUUUUAUUCACUGUUGCAGCAUUUGUGGUGCUGCAGCUCACCUGAGUUGUUCUUCUGGUGCUCAAAAGGAUUGCAAGUGUGUAUCUAUGAUUGGCUUUGAGCAUGUGAUGCACCAAUGGGCUGUUCGGUGGACUGAGAUUACUGACCAACCUGAUGAAACUUCUUUCUGUAGCUACUGCGAAGAACCAUGUAGUGGGUCUUUUCUAGGGGGUUCUCCAAUAUGGUGUUGCUUAUGGUGCCAACGUCUAGUGCAUGUGGAUUGCCAUAGUAGUAUGUGUAAUGAAACAGGUGAUAUUUGUGAUUUAGGUUCAUUUAGAAGGUUGAUUCUCUCACCGCUUUAUGUGAAGGAGUCAAUUAGGACGUCCUCAGGUGGAUUUUUGAGCUCCAUCACCCAUGGAGCAAAUGAGAUUGCAUCAUCAGUGCGUGCUAGUAUAAGGAGUAAGGGUAAGAAGCACAAACAUGGUCGUAAACCAUCUAUUGAUACAGGAACAACUGGUAGUACUUGUGAUAUGUCUACUGAAAGCACAGCUGAUGCUCAUCACAGAGUUAAUGGUUAUCAUGGAACUGAGAGAAACUGUAAUGGUAGUGCAGCUUCAGAGGUUCAACAUCAAAAUGGUGAUAUGGAUGGUAAAAAUAGUUCAAAUCAAAACUUCAAAAGAAGUUCUGCAGUCAAUCAGAAGGAUGAAUCUCAUAUAUUAGGAUUGAAACUUAGAUAUGAGGUAAUUGAACUGCCUCCUGAUUCACGUCCCUUAUUAGUAUUUAUCAACAAGAAGAGUGGAGCCCGCCGUGGUGAUUCUCUCAAACAACGGUUAAACAUGCUUUUGAAUCCUGCCCAGGUUUUUGAGUUGAGCUCUGCCCAAGGUCCUGAAUCUGGUCUUUAUUUAUUCAGAAAAGUGCCACACUUUAAGGUUCUUGUAUGUGGGGGCGAUGGAACUGUUGGUUGGGUCCUAAACUGUAUAGACAAGCAAAAUUUUGUUUCUCCUCCUCCAGUUGCUAUACUUCCUGCUGGAACAGGAAAUGAUCUGGCUAGAGUAUUAAACUGGGGUGGUGGUUUGGGCUCAGUGGAGAGACAGGGGGGUCUUUGCACAGUCUUGCAUCAUGUAGAAAAUGCUGCAGUGACUGUUCUUGACCGUUGGAAGGUGGCGAUAGUGGAUCAACAAGGGAAGCAACUCAAAUCCCCACAAUUUAUGAAUAAUUAUCUCGGAAUUGGAUGUGAUGCUAAGGUUGCUCUUGAUAUUCAUAAUCUGCGGGAAGAAAAUCCAGAAAAAUUUUAUAACCAGUUCAUGAAUAAAGUUCUUUAUGCAAGAGAAGGAGCCAAGAGCAUAAUGGACAGGACAUUUGCAGAUAUUCCAUGGCAAGUUCGGGUGGAAGUGGAUGGUGUGGAGGUAGAGGUUCCUGAGGAUGCAGAAGGUGUACUUGUUGCGAACAUUGGAAGCUACAUGGGUGGUGUGGAUCUAUGGCAUAAUGAGGAUGAAACUUUUGAUAAUUUUGAUCCACAGUCCAUGCAUGAUAAAGUACUCGAGGUUGUCAGCAUAUCGGGAACCUGGCACCUUGGGAAGCUACAGGUGGGGCUUUCUCGAGCUAGAAGACUUGCACAAGGCCAGUCGAUUAAGAUACAAUUGUGUGCUUCGUUGCCUGUUCAAAUUGAUGGCGAGCCCUGGUUUCAGAAUCAGUGUACUCUAGUUAUAUCCCAUCAUGGACAGGCCUUCAUGUUGAAAAGAGCAGUUGAGGAGCCUCUCGGUCAUGCAGCUGCAAUUGUCACUGAUGUUCUGGAGAGUGCUGAAUCUAAUAAUGUAAUAAAUGCUACACAAAAGCGAGCGCUCCUCCAAGAAAUGGCAAUCAGAUUAACUUGAUAGUUUCUUUAGUCAUUCCUCCUGUUAUGAUCGGGGUUUUGAGUACGAAUCGUUUUCAGCUUAUUAUACCACCCCUCGCAUCUCUCCAUAUAGGUAAGAUCUUGUGGUGCUUUUUGUUUUCUUUUUCUUCUUGUUUCCCUUGAUGGGUAAUAUCUGAGUCAUGAUUGUAUAUCAACGAUAUCUAUUAUAUAAAUAUACACAUAUACAUAGAGUUCCUCAACAUA